CUCAUGACAUUAAAAAACCCUGGUAAUUUCUCUUAUCAUAAUCUUUUCAUGAACACUAAAUAAUGUUGUGUGUUUCUGAUAAUGCAAUUCUACACUUAAUUUGUUUUUCACUUAUUUUAGUAUUUCCCUAUUCCAGAUGUUCGAAGCUGUGCAACAGGUCCUUGGCGUCCCAUUUGGAUCGUACUUUGAGGGUGGGUAGGAGAUGAAGUUUUGAAGUGCAAAGUCAAAGUGCAGCACAAGAUAUUGUUGUGUGCAUAAAUUAAAAACAAAGGAUGCUAUAAACAAAGACAAAACUGCAGCAUUGAAGAGCAAAGUUAAAGUGCAGCAAAAGACUUCUAAAGACCCUUGUUCCUAGAUAGCCACUAUAUUGGAAGAGUUUUCUUCUUAAAAGAAUAAAGUUCCUACUUUAGCGUAUAGAGUUUGCACCUCAUGAUCCUAAAUUCAACUGAUGCAACCUGUAUCUCAACCAUCCAAAGAACAAGUAGGAGGUUGGUUGAACAUCAUGGUGCUCCUUUAGAAGCACUUCAAAUGUUUGGCCAAGAUAGUGUCCAGUGCUUGCUUAAUAUGGGGCCCAAGUUUAUGAAUGAAAAAGGACUAAAUCAUGUUACCUUUUCAACUCCAGAUGGAGCAUUGAAGGCUACUCCAGCAAUGGGGAUAGUCGAUGCAAUUGUAGACCUUGUGAGCUGUGGAACAACUUUGGGAGAGAACAAUCUGAAAGAGAUUGCAGGUGGAGUCAUCUUUCAAAUUCAGGAGUAAAGUUACAAUCAAGGUGGAUUAAGGCU